CACCGACAGCCGUAUGUGGCGGGUAUCGGAAAGAAACGGAUGAGCAGAUAAUACAAUCAGUGUGUGCCGAGAUCAGUAGAGUGUCGUAGCGUAACGCAAACCAACACGGCGCGGCGACUGCGAAACAAAACCGAAGACCUGCGGUAGCACCGAAAACGGAUAACUGGGCCACGGGGAAGGAACGAAACUACACGAGAUUCACUCGAGAUCGGUCGCGAGAUGGAAACCCCGAAGUCGAACGACACGUCGGCAGGAGCAGGCUCACCGUCGGCAAAAUCCGUGCACCGAUAUGCAGUCAAUACGGAGAAAAGUGGGGAGAUCAUCGUCACAGUGCAGGGCGAUCUGUCGCAGCAGGAGAAGCGGGCCGUCUUCCUCACCGUGCACGAUCUGGGAACAAACCAUUCCUCGUUCGAAGAGUUCGUCAACAGUGCGUGCAUGAUCGAAAUCAAAGAACGGUCGUGCUUCAUCCACAUCGAUGUGCCCGGCCAUGCGGAUAAUGCACCCAAUUUGGCAGACACGUUCCAGUUCCCAUCGUUGCAGCUGCUGGGCGAGGAGCUGGUCACGGUGCUGGACUUCCUGCACGUGAAGUACGUGAUCGGCGUUGGCGAAGGGGCGGGAGCGAACGUGCUGGCGCGCUUCGGACUCGCCCACCCGUCCCGCUGUCUCGGGCUGAUCCUGAUCAACGUCACCGGCUCGGCCGCCUCCGUGCUGGACGUGUUCAAGACGAAGUUCAUCUCGUGGAAGGGUGACGAGGUCGGCCAGUCCGCGGAGGACUUUCUGCUUUACCACAAGUUUGGCUACGUCUUCUCGGAGCAACUGGUGGGCGAUAAUCCGGAUAAGGAGAAAAUUGUGGCCGAAUUCCAGAGCCGCCUGCACAGCUCGCUGAACAGCAAAAACAUUAAGCAAUACGUCAAAGCAUUUAUGUCGCGCAAAGAUUUACCACUGAAGAACUGCAAGCUGGACAUGCUGCUGAUCACCGGUGUGAUGUCUCCUUACGCGAGCGUCGUCGAGAAGCUGUACAAGGAUCUGAACAAGGAGAAGGUUACCCUGCUGAAGGUGGAACGGGCGGGCGAUGUGCUCGCGGAUGCGCCCGCCAAGGUGGCCCAAUCGAUCCUGCUGUUCUGCAAGGGCCAGGGUCUGCUGACGUCGGUGGCGAUGCCGGGCGUGGACCGUAACCGGGCGUUCUCGACGAGUUCCGGUGGCUCGAACGAGGGUGCCGCCGGACCGAGGCGCCUCUCCCGGGGCAUGUCGAUGGAAGACUACGACAAGCCCAACAUCAGACGGCUCAGCGUCACGAUCAACGAGCAGCUGCCACCGAUCAAGAAGUAGAUCGUUUCCGAAAGCGGCACGUCGGUGGUAUUUGUGGGAGUAGUAGUAAACGAUUUGUAGCCUCAUUCGGACGGAGCAGACGGACGGAGCGGAACGAUGGGGCGCUUUUUUCCACCGGUCGGUCGGUGCUUUCAUCUGGUGCCGGUUUGGUAUCGCAAAAUUGCCGGCAGGACCGCAUUAAACCAAUCCGUGGCGCACGAGCACGAACAAGAAGACGGUGUUGAUCCCAAAUAUCAAUCCCUUUCGAAUUUUCUACACCCGAAACAAGGAACCUGAACCACCCAUUACGACCCAACCCGGGUUGCAGUAUAAGCCCGCCCCGUCAACCCGCCAAACCAAUUCUAUUUCUCUACAUCUGCUGGAUGGACAUUUUUCAGAAGAGGAACAGAAACCGGUAUCGUUUCGCCAUCUAAAUUAUUAGUCGCUGGGCCUCAGAAAGUGCACAGCGAAGUGGCACAAUUCAACAACAACAACUAAAACGCAACCGAAAUCAGAUGCAAAUCGUUGUUUACGUUCGACAACGUGACCGUGAAAAAAAACGUGACCAACAUUGUGGUGGGUCGGCGGGCGCAUUCACGUACCACAGUUGUAGCAAUAGCCAAACCAAACCGAAAGGCCACCUAUCUCUUUUCGUGUGUGGAACUGUAUCAUUUAUCAGAGCCUAUAUACAAACACGUGCACUCGUAAUCAUAAUGACGGAAGCAUAUAUAUACAGAGAUAUUUAAAUGGGCCACACUCAUCAGUGGCGUCAACGGUGAGCAUUAACGAGCAACAGAAGUUUUCAGAAGCAACAUCGCGCCGGACCGGGAGGUGUGUAUUAAUUAGUAGAUCUUGUUGUUGGAUCGAUCCGUUCGGGCAGCAUAAAUUAACGAGAACAAACACGGGAAGAAAAAGCGUAAACCUAUACAUAAAUAUAUAUACACAAAAACCUAUAUUUUAUCUCUUUUUACAUGGCGGAAGACACGGUGACGCAUUGGCGGCGAUGCUCUAGAGAUCUGUUUUCCUCACGACCGAACGAUUGGCGCACGAAUUGGCGACAGUAAAAGAAAAAAGCAAAAAAAAGAACGAGAAUCAAUUUGGGUGAAUAUACAAACGUUAACCACGUCUCUUAAAGCAAACAAAUAAACCGCGCGCUGCAUUAAGUAUAGAGUAUGCCAAUAAACACAAACCUUGUAUGCCAAUAUUAGUAGCUGAACGUAAUAAGUAGAUUGCAAAAAUGAAGUUAUUCCCUUCACACAACAAAGUAACAAAAAAUGCGCUAAAAGGUAAAAACCAAUACAAGCCUAAAUAGAAGCCUCUCGCUCUGAUAUUAGUGCGCAAAGUGUGCGCCGGACACGCAAAAACCCUUCCGUGGGUGGUAGCGUGGCCACGACCCGAGAGUGGCAGCUUCGAGUUCUAGUAGUUCUAUAGCUUCGCGAUCGCGAUUGCGGAAGCUGGCGGACCGGCGCCAGCGAGCCACAGUGUUCUACUUGGUCUUAAUUAUCUCAGAUCCGGUACCUCCGCUUCGGCCAACUGACCAAAAAUGGUGGCAGAUACAUACAAGAAGGCAUGAUUACUAGGAGAUUGCGUUCGGUAGACGUUUUGCAUGCGCCGGCAAAAGUAAUUUAUAUUUAAUGAAAAACAAACCACAGCAGCAGGGACGUGACGAAACGAGCGACAAAGCGACGACGGACGUGUGACAAUGAGGCGUGCGAAAGUGGGAAACUGGGACCCCGCAGCCCAAUCCCGCUUUUGUGCGCUUUCGGUGAGUUGGCAAACUCCAGCGAUCAAUCAGACAUCUUAACAUGUAACAAAAUCGACUUUCUAAAGCAAAUAAAGGAUCUUAUAUAGUGAAUAUAGUUGAAAGA